UGCUCUUCCUCUCGGAGAUACAGCAGCAUUAGUAAAAAAAUUAAAAUGGAAUGUUCUAAGCUAUUGGGCGUUCUAGCUUUCAUCUGCUUUCUUAUUCCCAUUAUGUCAUCUUCCUCGGAGAGACAGUUUACUGCUUGGUCGAAAUUGAGGGUGAAUUUGACUCGCAGAUCAGAGGGAGAGUCCAAUUCUGCCGAGCGAUUACGCAGCGCGGUGGAUCGAAGUAAGAGACGAAUGAAUACGAUAGAGGCGUUUGUAGAGCAGCAGAUAGCUGGGCCGUUAGACACUGAAACGCCCAUUCGCGUGGGAAGCGGAGAAUUUCUGAUGAGCGUUGCAGUGGGGACGCCCUCGGUAAGUUUUGAAGCGAUUGUGGACACGGGGAGUGAUCUGAUUUGGACUCAGUGCAUGCCUUGCCAGAGCUGCUACACUCAACCUACGCCAAUCUUCGACCCCUCCCAAUCGUCUUCGUAUUCCACAGUUUCUUGCACUGACUCUCUUUGUGAUGCUUUGGGGGCUUUCCAAACUGGAUGCACUUCUGAUUGUACGUUCGAUUAUAUGUAUGGCGAUGGUUCUGAGACUAGCGGUGACCUGGCUUACGAGUCAUUCUCCAUUGGGAGCGGCAGCGGGAGCAUGGUUCAAGGAAUUGCUUUUGGAUGCGGCCAUGACAACCAAGGACGAGGAUUCUCUCAGGGCGGCGGUCUUGUGGGACUGGGAAGAGGUCCUCUCUCACUCAUCUCUCAGUUGGGCUCCAAGGUAGACAACAAAUUCUCUUACUGUCUCUUGCCCAUCACCGACUCUUCUUCACAAACAAGCCCUCUCUUUUUCGGUGAGGGCUCUUCCUUGAGCGGAGCCAACACGAUCCCACUCAUUAAGAACAGUGUGAAUCCUUCUUUCUGGUAUAUUCCUGUCACAGGAAUCACCCUCAAUGGCAACCCCGUAAACAUUCCUGCUGGAACUUUUGAUCUGCAAUCGGACGGUAGCGGAGGCAUGAUCAUUGACUCGGGAACCACUAUUACCUAUCUAAAUGAGGUUGCCUACUCUCCUCUCAGAGAAGCAAUUCAGUCCUCCAUUGAUGUCACUCCUGUGGAGGAUUCUUCGGGGGAUCUGUGUUACCAGAAAUCAGAUAAUAUGGCCCUGCCUUCCCUCGCCUUCAACUUCCACGGCGGCGCGAAUUACAACCUUCCACCAGAAAACUUUUUCAUUCCUCAAUAUGGGGAUCUCUUGUGCCUCGCCAUGGGUGCCUCGAGGGGACUUUCCAUCUUCGGAAACGUACAACAGCAGAACUUCCACAUCCUUUACGACAAUGCUCAGAACACACUCUCCUUUAAGCCCACUAAAUGUGAUUCUCUUUAAAUAAUCGUCACCCUUUUCUGCUGUCUGCCACUGCCACUUCCUCUUCCUAUGUUUCUGUCAUGUUCAUUUUCUUUCAAUUUCGAAUAUAAGACGUGGUCCAAUCUCCCAUGUACGUUUUCUGCACUAUAUAGUAUAAUUUCCAAUCUG